ACGGCGUCUGCUCUUUGAUUAUCAUCAGCUGGGCUGAGAGGCUCGCACGGCAUUUGCUGAGGUGGACGGCCUGUGAGAGGCUGCAUCUUCCCUCGCCCGCCCGGUCGCCAUCACGACUUGAUACCCAAUCACGCCCGACGGCGCCCCCGGCUCUCUUAAGCACCUUUCGCCUUCCCUCGCACGUCGUGCUCCUACGGCUGCCCUGCUCGUGCUCGUAGCUGCUCGUGCCCUUCUCCUUUCGUUCCGACGACUGCAAAGACGACCCCAGCGUCCUUCCAGCUAAGCUGCUAGACGGCUUCCUGCGACCCCCCUCUCACCUUCUUCGUCCUUCGUUCCUUUCACCGCUUCUUCAAUUUCAGAGAUUUGUUUGCCACCCGGAGUGAUGUCUCGUCUCACCAAUCCCGUCUUCAACAAGCCCUCGCCCUUCGACGUCCCUCGCCCGGCCCACCCGCUCAGCCCGCCAGACACCGAGUCCGAGUUCAUGGCCGCCCACCACCUCUCCCACGCGACCGUCCCGAUACAGAUGGCGUCUAGCGGCCUUGGGUUAGAGACCGAGCCUGCGACAAGCCACGCCCCGGUGCCAGGAUCUUCGACCAACCCGACGGAGACUCCCGGGGCUCGGUUGCGACGGGUCGCCUACAUCAACUCUGGACUGCGGGACACGAGGGACCGCGAGAGCCGUGACCGCUCAGCACAGAGAAAUCUUCGCUGGCUCGUCGUCGUUCUCCCUCCUGCUACAAUUUCGGAGGCGCAGAGUCACCACGUCGGACACACGCUCUCGACCGGGCCGCAACACCGUCUGUCGCACGGGAUCCUGAUGCCGUUGUUCCCUACAAUGUACGGUCAGCUCACGGCGAUUGCGAAAGAGUUCAGCUUCCCGAGCACCACAGGGAUAUGCCUGUAUUUGCACAUGACGGAGGCCGGGAUCACGAUGACUCCCCGCAUCUCGGAGGAAACCUGGUCGCUCCUCUGGGGACACCUGUUCGACGCCCGGGCACCUCAGGCCCCUGCACAUCCACUCCCGAUUGGCGGCCGCAUCGAGUUCGAUCUCGACCUCCGCAAAGCAAGGUGGUACGAGCCUUGGCUGACCGCGUCUCGCAGGGAGGCCGCCGACCUCCCCAUCUCGGUGCCUCCGUCGCUCUCACAUUGGCGACACGAUAGCCGGGGCAGCGUGGGCCUCGGAGACGACCGUCGGAGUUAUGUUGAAGAGAGCUCGCCCGACGACGUCCCCGACGCCGCGUCCAUCAUCCAGCGAACCCCUGCGCAGCGACAUGUACCGCGCAAAUUAUCGCUCCUCGACCGAUUCGAGACCGCCUCUCAGCUCUCCUUCAGAGCUCCCGUGCCGCCCCCGCUGCGCCCCUCUCCACCGUACUCCGAACAGAUCCCGCCCGAGCAGCGGAGUCACACGCUGACGCCGAUCGCUCAACAGGAGGAGCCGCAGUCCGCGAAGCGCGACCUCGAAUCGCGCGUGAACACCUGGCGGGAGAGUGCGACGGUGCUCAAGACACCCAUGGCCGCGCGUGGGCAGGUCAGCCUCGACCCGGCAAACCUGCCCAACUCGGUUUCGCUCAAUGACCCGAUUAUCGCCCGCGCAGCAGCAGAGGAGGAGGAGGUGCAGUCCGAGCUCAACUUAGACGACUUCACGUGGAGCAUCUCGAGCGCGGGGCCACCGAGCGACGCGAGCAUAUCCCCGGUCGCCUGGGAAUACGUCCUGUCUCCGCAUCUCGACAGGCGCCUGCAGGGCUCCGUGUGCCUCACGCCGUCUGUGUGCACAUCAUUCGGCCCGGAGGACUACGACGUCGAGUACUCGCCCGUCUCGAACGCCUGGCGGUUGCCUAGCCCAGAUCUCGGCAUGCGCAUGAUGUCGGAUUGCCCGCCCACGCCGACGACGGCGACAAGCUGGGGCCCCGCUUCCUGGCCAGCGUCGCCCGCAGAGUACAGCCGCCCGCCGUCCGUACACCUUGGCGACCGCGCUGUCUUCAGCCGUCCAGCGACACCGACGACCGCCACGAGCUGGGGACCGCCUUCGUGGCCCGCGUCUCCCGCGCUGAGCACCUUCAGUCGCGCGUCCUCGGUUGAUCUUGGACAUCGCGCGAUGUUCUCCCCCGUCCACGGCCACUUUGCCCUGCCGGCUCGUAGCCUCGUCUUCCCUUACUACAACGCUUGGAAAGGCGCUGUGUGGAAUCACGUCUGGCCUUACACAGCUCAUCGGGAGGUCGUGCCAAAGACCGCUCCUGGUGAACCCCAUGGGGACGCAGCCUACCCGUAUCUUCGCUUGUACGCUGCUGCAUAUCCUCAUUUCGACCUGUACCCGCCGAAGGCAGGCGAGCUCAAGGUGGACGUGUCCAAGUCGCUGCCCGUCAGCCUCAUCGCGAGGUAUCCGGCUUUCAACCUUUACCCGGCGGUAUAUCCCAACAUCGAGUUGUAUCCGGUUGUGCCGCGGAUAGAGCGUGUCAAGGCUUCGAGGACAACCGGAGUAGCUGUCAAGCUUGCGAAGGAGUACCCAAUCCUCGACAUCUACCCGGCCGUGUAUCCUUACAACGUUUCAGAUAUAUAUGCUCCGGUUGCUGUUGAUGAAUCGUCGUACUACAAGUCGCAGUCGGUCGUCUUGCGUGCUGCCUACCCUGCGUUCAAUCUCUACCCGGCAAGCUACCCAACAAUCUGCAUAUAUCCGAGCGCGACUGGGCUCAUUGCUGCGAAUGCGCUGAACGUGCAUCGAAUUCGCAUCGCUUCCCGUCAGGCAUCUCGAGAGUACCCGGAUUUCGACCUUUAUCCCGCUGACCAGAGGAUUGACGAUACGUACUACUACAAGAGUCUUCGCGUCCUCCUAGAUGGCGCCUCUAUGUUGUACCCUGCAUUCGACAUCUACCCCGGCCGGGACCAAUCUUCGUUCAUCCACCGCCAAACAGUGGUUGGGCAGUACCCUGACAUAGUCCUGUACCCCCAGGGACAAAAGAUCGACGAUACGUUUUACUACAAGUCCCUUUCGGUCUCGCUGAGCGGCGCUGUUUCGCAUUAUCCUCAUUUGGUCAUCUACCCGUCGCAGGAAGUCUCGUCGCCGAUCUCGCCGAAUGCACGCAAAGCCCCGCCCACCAGGAUCAUUGCUGGAGGAAACAACGUCCGAAGGCCUCUCAAGUCCCCGAUGCCAAUUCGUCGGCGGUUGUCCAUCACGAGGGCGCCCAUGCCCCCCGUUCCACGUCUGCCGCGCACUGCCCAGAUGAUGCCCAUGAGCCCUCGCCUGCCACCGCCAAGACGUGAGCGGGCCGACACGUUGAACAGCACUCCGGUCUCUUUGUCGACGUAUCCCCAUCUUUGCAUUUAUCCAGCGGCUUAUCCCCAUCUGGAGAUAUAUCCGGCUGUGGCGGCAUGCUUGGAGGAGCCAUUGUCGUGGACGGGCUUUGAUACGGUGUAUCCUGCCUUUGAUCUCUAUCCAGCUGUGUAUCCACAAUUCAGCAUUUAUCCUGCUGUGAUCGUCGCUGAGGAUGCACCCUCCUGGACUGGCUUCGACGUUGUUUAUCCCUUCUUACGUAUCUAUCCUGCUGUGUAUCCCCAUCUAGAGAUUUACCCGAUGGCAAGUUUGGCUGGCGAAGACGUAGAGCUUGUUGCCAUGUACCCCAUCAUGUGCAUCUAUCCGUCACAAUAUCCGUACUUCGAGAUUUAUCCGGGUGAGGUUUGCGACGGCAGUGUUGAGGCAUAUCAGAAAUCGACGUCCGUGGUCCUUGCACCUGCCUACCCCGCCUUCAAUAAUUAUCCGGCGCAGUAUCCCGCGUUCGAGAUCUAUCCAGGGGAGGUUUCCAUGGGGGAACUGACUUUAUGCCGACCAUUGUCUGUUAGACUUCCGGCAAAGUAUCCUGCUUUCCAGAUAUACGCUGCUGAAUACCCGUGCUUCGCGAUCUAUCCUGGCUCGACGCAUGCUCCCGCUGUAUACGGACGUCAUCACCGCUCCCACAGGGAGCUCCACGAUGAAGUUGUCGCGCACUUCCCCGGUCUUUUUCGUCGCCGAAUCCAUACCCACGCGCAGCUACAUGAUCAAGUGAUGAGCGAGGGUGGCAUGAACUCCAUUACUCAGGUAGAAUCACCGCGCUCAGUGGUAUCCGUUCCGAUAUCCCGCUCCCGUUCCGGAAGCCUAAGCUCACGACCGGCCGCGCCGUCUCUUGCGGCUGUGCCCGCAAGAAUGGGUCCACCAUCACCUGCGCCCUCGAGGAGGUUACCACCGAUACCUGCCAGCCCUUUAACACCUGAUAUGAAGCUCGCGACUGCACCUUCGACCACCCUCCCUUCAAGCCGUUCCGCCGGAUUGGGUCGCCACUUGUCCUCUGCCACUCGGCCGUUACCAAGCAUCAGGGGUACAAUGACCAGCAUGUCAUCACUUCCAGACAGUGCAGAGUCAUCGAAACUAGAGUCGAUGCCCGCACCGCAUCCUACUGCGGAAUCGCUUGACCGCUCAAGGUCGUUGUCAAGUGCUACGAGACCUCACGCGCUGAUGAAGCGGAAUAGCCUGGUCCUGGAGCGAGCCCGCGCAUUCAACACUGCGACCAAUUCAACAAGUAACGCACCCGACCAUCCCAUGCGAAUCACUAAGGAAGCGUUGGCACAAUUCCCUAUGCCUCCGCGUCCCCCCUUGCCUUCUGCGCCCAACGCUGGGGGUGCCAGACCUGUCUCCGUCGCGAAGCUGGACCGGUCCAAGUUCCCCUUCGCAUAAUAGAUGAGCGUGGCCACGUUUUCAUCUUCGUAGCAUAGGAUCAGACUCCCC